UGUGUAAAUGCUUUCCUUGCCAUGACGUUGAUAUUGAUUUGCCACCAAAUUCAUGUCAUGGGAUGACAUUUAACAGAAGAAAUGUCUAGCGAAAUACUCAACAGUAGUUGUCAUCUGUUACAUUUUCAAGCUUGACUUUCGCCUCUGACAACCGGUUAUUGAAUUCGUUGUUCUUUCUUUGAAAAGGAACUGUCCACAAGCUAUGAGGAAUCUGGGCAUUUUAUAGCUUUACAUUCUUUUUACCAGGACAUGUAAGCUGAAGUCUCACAGUAUGAGUUUCGAACAUAACGAAAGGAACAUCGCCCAGAUUCAGUAUGAGAAAAAAAUUCACUGUCUUUGUCAACAGCUGCAGGAAUUUCAAAAACAAGUGGAAAAUCUUCAAGAUGAACUGGAAAGAAACAGAUCACGUUUGGUCACAAGUUGCCGUGAGCAGGAUGAUCUCAAGAGGCAGAUGUCUCAGAAGGACGACGCGAUCUCGUGCUACGAGAGCAAGAUUGAAGAUUUGACAUUUGAAAUGAAAGAGAGAGAUAAAAACAGUCAGAAAACGAUCGAGUGUCUCCAGCAGAAAGUCUGCUCCUACCACGACCAGCUCCAGGAGAAAGAAGCAGCGUUGUUUAUGUGUCGUAACGAAGUGAAGACUCACAUAGCAUGCAUGGAGGAGAUCAAAGCAGAUUUUAACAACGAGCUUCAGCAGCGAGAUAUUAUAACAAAACAAAUGAAAGAAGAUCUACGCAGAGUGUACGAAGAUUUAAAAUGUCGCUCUGACGAGAGCUGCGUGCUGGAGAGAACGAUAGUAGACUUCAAGUCGAGACUUCACCAAUGUUGUUGCCAGCUCAAGGAAGCAGACAGUCGAGUGGCUUGUUUGCAAGAAAAGAUUCAACUUCUGGAGUGUCAACACAGCAAAGAGAGACAAUGUGCACAAGAUGAACUCAUGGAGUCGGAAAGAAAAUACUCAAAUUGCUGUAACGACUUGUGUGCCUGUCAGAACGAGAUCAGAAAGAUGAAAAGAUGCCUUCAAGACAAAGAUGAAGAGAUUCAAGCGUUAACUAGCGAGAGAAACUGCAUGGCCAGAGAACUACAGAAUGCUAAACAAGAAGAGUGUAUUCUUCAAGACAGAAUCAGUUGCCUGGAGAACGACAAUAAGGAAAUAUGUCGUCUGCUACAACAGAAGGUCAAGUGCAUCAAGGAACUCGAGUGUCAGCUGUGUAUCAAGGAACAAGAACAAGAACAGUGCCAGUGUUGUAUUGAGGAACUUAAUUCUAAGAUAAGAGCACUGAAUACUAGCACUUCCGGCUUUGAUGUUCUUGGAGAGAAAGAGGACAAGGCAGAUUUGUCUCAGCAGUUGAAGCAGUGCAAAGAGAAAUGUAAGAAACUGGAACAGGAAGUGGAGGACCUGAAGAAAAAAUUAGAGUGGGCUGUGCAGGAAAUGGAAAAUAUGGCCAAAGAGAUCAAAAGAUUGAACUGUGAGCUAGAUUGUGCCAGAAGAGAAAUUUGUGAGAAGGAAUCAAUGAUAGGUGACCUGGAGCGCACCAUAGAACACGCGGAACACGACAUGGAAUGUAGAAUGAAGAGAGUAGACGAGCAGUUACAGAAAUAUGAGCGGGAAAUCAAAGAAAAAACUCAUAUGAUAGCUGACUGUGAAGAGAAGUGUUGUAGAUAUCAACACGCACUCUGUGACAAAGAACACGAACUGGAGAACACAGAACAGAAGCUGGCCAGAUGUAACUGUGAACUAAGUAAUUUGUGUUGCAAGACCAAAGAAUUAGAAGAGGCUAGAAACUGCAUACAGAAUCGUUUCAAUGAAAUGAGGGUUCAAUACUCAGAACUGUGUGAAGAAUACAAAAUCACCAGAGAGCAGUUGCAGUGUCAAACUGUAGAAUGCAGUGACGCUAAACGAGAUCUCGCUUGCGCACAACGAGAAGUGGAGAAACUGAGACGAGAGCUUGACGAUGUGAAGAUGUGCUUACAAGAGAAAGAAGGGCAAAUAUUCCGACUGAAUGAAGAUAAGACGUGCUUGGCCAGUAAAGUCUCAAGUCUCCAGUGCCGCCUAGAAGGGGAGACGACUCAAAUGACUCAACAGAUGGCUGACCUGAAAUACCACAUGGAGAAAGAGAAUGAACAGCUGAGGAAUUGUUUGAUAGAACUAGAGGAGAACAACGCGACUCUCACUCAGAAGAACAACGCGCUGCAGAGACAACUCUGCCAAAUAGAAAAAUGUUAUUACCAGAAGGUAGAGACUCUAAGCCGAGAGAAUGAGAUGCUGCAGACUAAAGCAGCUGACAAGGAAGACCAAUUGCAGGCUGCUAAAGACUGUAUCACACUCAAGGAUUCAGAAAUAAUGCGCCUCAAGUUACGCAUGUGUAACAUAGACAGGUGUAACAACAUGACGUCAGAAUGCUGCGUCCCUAUGCCUGGGAGCCAUGCCUUGACAUGUGAGACAGGGGUCAAAUGUAGAAGACGCUCCGCUUCCUGCUGUAUCAAUAGCCAGUCUAAUAAUUGCAACAAGUGGAGCGUGUCUACAAAUGAACCAGAAGAUAAAGAUUGAAUCUAAAUUUUCGGGCAACAAAUGUUCAAAGUUGUGCUGGUCUCCAACUCCAAACAUUUGUUUUUGUUUAAAACUUGACAAAUAAAUGUACACAGAUUUUCGGCCGUCCUUUAUUUUCCCUCCAUCAAUGUUUCAAGAUGAUAGCAAGUCAAUAAACCUGACAGUAAUCCCAUGA